UCCUCCAACCUCUCUUCUUCCCUACUUCCCAUCCCAUCCCAUCCCAUCCCUCAGCACACCCCACAGCCCUACCCUCCCUCUCAGUACUCUCUGCUGGUCGAGGAUGUAGACACAAAAAGAUGGGGAGGAGAACACACAGCCACCCCAAGUCUAACACCCUCCCCUCCUCACCCACCCACUCCUUCUCUUCUUCUUCCUCCUCUGACUUCGAAUUCACCAUCUCCCUCUCCCCUCGCAAGGCCUCCUCCAACCUCUGCCCGGCCGACGAGCUGUUCUACAAAGGCCAACUCCUCCCCCUCCACCUCUCCCCCCGCAUCUCCAUGGUUCGAACGCUUCUUGCAUCCUCCUCCACCUCCUCCUCCUCCGAUACUACCACCACCGCUUCCCGUGACUCCACCGGCAGCUCCAAUGACUCCCACUCCUCAUUUUCAAGCGAUCUCAUCCUCUUGGCCGACUGCGACUCAUCGCGGCCGAGCUCCGUCGCGGAGGAAGAUGAAUUCAGGCGCAUCACCAACAUGAAUAGCAGCAGCUUCUAUCACGGCCAGGGGAAUGCGUCUUCUUCAUCCAUCAAGAAGACCAAAUACUUUUCCCGUCUCUCACGGUUCUCUUCCGUGUUCCGCAAGGAAUCAUCCAAAGCCCGUCAUCAAGAAUCUUACAAUCCAUCUGGGCCGUCGGGAUCAUCAUCUUCCUCAGUCAAACGAAUGAGUACAACCGCCAAAGAAGUCAUACGUAAGUAUUUGAAAAAAGUGAAGCCUUUGUACGAAAGGCUAUCGCAAAAGCAGCAGCAGCAGCAGAAGAUGGCAGGAAUGAUGGGAACGAGAAUGGCGAGUUCUUCAGCAAACGUGACUCUUUGCAUGAAACCAGAUGGAUCUGUGAAAGAAGCGGAUCAUAUCAGCUACGCAUCCCUUCUUCCUAAUGGGAAAAAAGAGAUGAAUAACAAUGCAACUAUUGCUCAUUCUUUUUCGGGGAAUUUAAGGUAUCCGAGGAGGAGGAGCUGCGUGUCAAGUUGUCCAUCAUCAAUGAGGUCAUCACCAAGCCAUUCUGGGAUACUAUGUAAGACAGCUUUCACCCCCCCUAUGACUUCUAAGUCCUAUUCUCAUGAUAAUUCAACAAUGGAGGAGUUGCAGAAUGCCAUCCAAGGUGCAAUCGCUCAUUGCAAGAACUCCCUGCUUCAGAACAAGACUAUGGUCAGUAAUGAAAUUUAGAACGUAUUAUAUUAAUUAGGAGGUCGUGAGGAAGAAGUAUAAGCAAAAGAAAAAGAGAAAAAUUUUGUGUGUUUUUUAGUUUUUCGAUCUAAGUGAGUACUUAUAUUGACAGCAACUGCAAAAAAAUAAAAAAUAAAAAUUGACCUUAAUUUCUUCUUAACUUCAGUUUAAUGUUAUACAGUAAGUUGCAUGUGAUGUUGGUAGUACAUUAUGGAACAAUCAUUUGGAUCUUUCUCUUUGUUUUUAUGCCUGAAGUGUUGGAGUUUGUGAAAAGUGUGUGGUGUCUAGGAAUUCUUGAAAUCUGAGUUGUGUUUGGCUUGAAAUUUGGAUUCUGUUCGAUACCAAUCAGUAAUGUGAUCCUUCGAUUC